ACGACAUAAACGUAGGCUCUCGACACGCUCUCUGUAGCCCUUUUGCUACGACCAACUUUCAGCCAUGAGUAUGCUCAGGCUUCAGAAGAGGUUGGCAUCCAGCGUUCUGCGCUGUGGAAAGAAAAAGGUCUGGCUGGACCCAAAUGAGACCAAUGAAAUUGCCAAUGCCAACUCCCGGCAGCAGAUUCGUAAGCUGGUGAAAGAUGGUCUGAUCAUCAAGAAGCCGGUUGCGGUUCACUCUCGCUCGCGAUGCCGCAAGAAUACGCUGGCACGGCGGAAGGGUCGUCACACGGGCGUUGGUAAGAGAAAGGGUACAGCAAACGCACGUAUGCCAGAAAAGGUGGUCUGGAUGAGUCGCAUGCGUAUUCUGCGACGUCUUCUGAGACGUUACAGAGAGUCCAAGAAGAUUGACAGGCAUAUGUACCACAGUUUGUAUUUGAGGGCAAAGGGCAACGUGUUCAAGAACAAACGCAUCUUGAUGGAGCACAUACACAAGCUCAAAGCAGACAAAGCCCGCAAGAAGCUCUUGUCUGAUCAAGCAGAGGCCCGUCGCUCAAAGACACGCGAGGCAAGAAAGCGCCGUGAGGAGAGACUGCAGGCCAAGAAAGAGGAAAUUAUUAAAACUCUUUCUAAAGAAGAAGAGACCAAGAAAUAAGUUUCUUGUUUGUAAGAACAAUGGUCUAAAUGAUUGUCCAAAUGUUCUAAUAAUAAAUACACCAUUUAUUACA